UCUGUUUUUACAAAGAUCAUCCAUCUAUUUAAACCUGUUUCAUUUUCACAAUCUCACUUAUUGAACAAAAGAUUGUUCCUUUUUGGCUCAUUGCAGAUAGGAUAAAGAGCGAACAAGGUCCUGUUUGGGAUUUGAUCCAUAGAGAAACUGUCAAGCGUCUUUUGAGAUUUUGUUUUGUGGUUUGAGGAAAGUUUUUGUGGGCUUGUUUGUUGGUUUGGUUGGCUGGUUCUUGGAUAGAUGGCAGAAGUCCAUAAUCAACUAGAGAUCAAGUUUCGGUUAACCGAUGGUUCUGAUAUCGGUCCUAAAGCAUUCCCUGAUGCUACAACUGUUUCGGCAUUGAAGGAAACUGUUAUCUCUGAAUGGCCUAGAGAGAAAGAGAAUGGGCCGAGAACAGUGAAAGAGGUGAAGUUGAUAAGCGCAGGGAAGGUAUUGGAGAACAACAAGACGGUUAAAGAUUACCGAAGUCCAGUCUCUAAUCUCGUAGGCGCUGUCACCACAAUGCACGUUAUCAUCCAACCUCCUGUUACUGAAAAAGAAAAGAAGCCUAAAGGUGACCCGAAGAUGAACAAAUGCGUCUGUGCAGUCAUGUAAGAGAGUAGCAAAAUCUCAAGAGAGAGUCAGAUUUCUGGUCCUUUUAAGUUUGGUCCCUGAUGUGGUUGGCAGUUGGUAUAGAUUGUUUACUAAUACAGAUACGAAAUUAAAAGAGUAUUGAACCAUUUUUUUUUAGAUAAGUAUAAAUCAAAAGCUCUUCUCUAGCUUGUUGCAAAAGUAAA